GGCGCGUUUGUACACUUGUCAGUGACAACACCAAAAAAAGAGAAACACCCCCUCUCCAAAACAGGACAAAAAGAAAAAAAAACGUGACCAGGCUCCCUCCAGCUUCCCAAGUGUCAGAACCAGCGAGAACCAGCAUCCCACCAGAUCUUCCUCCACUAGGAUGCACUGAAGGAUCCUUGUCCAACUACUUUUGGACUCCUGUGGACUCGUCCUUUUGUUUGACCUCCAUCCUGGUUGGUUAUGGGAACUCACACUUGAAGGGGAAGAAGAGCGGUUUAGGCCGGCUUUCUGAGGACUCGCAGGACCCUACUCCAUCUCCACCUUCUCCACCAUCUGCUUCCACCCAAAGCCCACCCGGAGGUCCGCUUUGGUACCGGGUAGAACCGUAGCACAGCGCCAUGGCGAGCUACAACUUUCUGCUGUGUCUCACAGUUCUGGUGGGGCUGGAACUCUCCGGCAGCGACCAGCCGGACUUCUCCAUCCCCCCUGCCCGGGACGGGAUGGGGUCCCGGGACUUGGAUCUAGACCCACACCUCCACCCGCACCACCACCCGGACCCGGACUCCCGGCUCUCCCUGAUCGAGGUAGAGGACUCCGGAGCCCGCGACUGCUCCGCGUGCGUGUGGCGCGAGCAGAGCAAAGUGCUGCGUCUGGAGACCAUCAAGUCCCAGAUCCUCAGCAAGCUGCGGCUCAAGCAGGCGCCUAACAUCAGCCGCGAGGUGGUCAACCAGCUGCUGCCCAAGGCGCCCCCCCUGCAGCAGCUCCUGGACCAGCACGACUUCCAGGGGGACGCGUCCCCGCAGGACGAGUUCGUGGAGGCGGACGAGUACCACGCCACCACCGAGUCGGUCAUCACCAUGGCCUCCGAGCCGGAACCCAUCGUGCAGGUGGAUGGGAAGCCCAGCUGCUGUUUCUUUAAGUUCAGUCCUAAGCUGAUGUUCACCAAGGUUCUGAAAGCCCAGCUGUGGGUGUACCUUCGGCCCCUGCAGCAGACCUCCACCGUCUACCUGCAGAUCCUCCGACUCAAACCCGUCACCGACCAGGGCAGCCGGCACAUCCGGAUCCGCUCGCUGAAGAUCGAGCUGAACUCCAGGUCCGGCUACUGGCAGAGCAUCGACUUCAAGCACGUCCUGCAGAACUGGUUCAAACAGCCGCACACCAACUGGGGCAUCGACAUUAACGCCUUCGACGAAAGCGGCAACGACCUGGCCGUGACCUCUCUGCGACCGGGAGAGGAAGGGCUGCAGCCGUUCUUAGAGGUGAAAGUUCUCGAGACCACCAAGCGCUCGCGGCGGAACCUGGGCCUGGACUGCGACGAGCACUCCACCGAGUCCCGCUGCUGCCGCUACCCACUCACAGUGGACUUUGAGGCUUUCGGGUGGGACUGGAUCAUCGCACCCAAGCGCUACAAAGCCAACUACUGCUCGGGCCAGUGUGAGUACAUGUUCAUGCAGAAGUACCCGCACACUCACCUGGUCCAGCACGCCAAUCCCAGAGGCUCGGCGGGUCCAUGCUGCACCCCCACCAAGAUGUCUCCCAUAAACAUGCUCUACUUCAAUGACAAGCAGCAGAUCAUCCACGGCAAGAUUCCCGGCAUGGUGGUGGACCGCUGCGGAUGCUCUUAAACAAAAAGGCAGAACUCAUUCAGGCUCAGCAUUGUCCCACCUGCGUCAUGGAGUAUCUCCUGUUUUAUUUCCUCGUCCCUCGUAUCCUGGAAGAGCUACACGACACCUGAAGGAGGCCAUCACAUUAGUUCAUCACUGUAGAUCAACAGAUAACAGAUCAUUCAUUGUAAAGCUGUAUAAACUGAGGCCUAGCGGCACAGAUCCGUAUGAAUGCUUUCAGAGGGUGAGUGAGGACCAGCUGGUGAGAGAAAAGCGAGACGAAACAAAUGGAGAAGAGACAAAAAUGUAUAUCUUUAAUGUUUUAGAUUUUUAAGCUGUUUGUUUGUUUGUUUGAUAGUUAUAUAAUAGAUUAUAAGAUUUUUAAGCCUUAUACUUCUUUAUCCUUCUCUAGAAAGGGAAAACACAAUACUGAGAAGCAAACAUUUUAUAGCACCAUAAAUACUGGGACAGUAAAGUCAGAAUUGUCUUUUUAACAUCUUUUGGGGGUGUUCCUUGUAUGCAGUGGUCAGAACUUAUCAAAAAUGCUACAAGAAAGGUCAACCACUUGUAAGGUAAACCAGCAAACAUGGAUGCCCAAAGCUUAUUGAUGCUUAUGGGGAGGACCUCAUGCAGGAACCUCUUUAUGGAUCAUACAUUAUAGGACACCUUCAGUGGUACUGAAAAGUCUGUUUGGGUGGUACAAGCAGGAUCUACACAGUAUUGGAUAUACAUAGUAUUAGGCAGGUGGUUUUAAUGUUAUGGCAAAUUGGCCUUGAAUCAAUUCAGUUCUGGCCCUAUAUAAGUUUUGUGAAAUCCUGGAGUCCAUGCUUCGAUGGGACAGAGCUCUUUUGGUGGCACAAGGGUAAUUACCAUAGUAAUUCAUAGUAAGGCAUGUAGUUUCAAUAUUAUGGCUGAUUUACAUUGAGCUAAUUUAGUCCUAAAACUUGACUAAAAAAGAAAAAGUAGGAUCCAGUACUUUUUUACUACUAAGAGAUAUUGCCUAAAGAGUCACUUCACUGUCCCAAUAAUUAUGGAAAGCUUUUCCUCUCUAAACAUGAAAAAAACAUCCCUAUCAAUAUAUUUCAGAUUACAAAAUAUUCCAAUUUUCCACACAUACCCCACAACCACAAACAAAAUGAUGCCAAAACACAAGGACAAGAUAGUGCCGAAAGCAUUCUAGGGUAGACCACCACCAUCAUCACCACCCCCCCACCCUCCUCUCUGCAAACGCAUCUAGCACCCCAGUGCGAGAUUCCCGAGAGUCCAGGCACCCUUUCAUGGCCGCUUUGAUCUUCCUUUUACUCGUGAUCUUGUAAAAAAGACUAAAAGAAAAAAGAAGAGGACGGAAAAGAGAAAAGAAAGGGCUUUUUUUCUUCUGUUCUGUUAAAUGAGAACAGGAAAAGGGUUUGCCCAAGCAAUCGAGUUACGACGGUUCUUCUGACCGCAGCACUGACUCAACACAUGAAGCCUGACCUUUUGAGCUUCUGCCCCGCCCACUGUGAAACCCGGAUGGGCCUUUAGCUCUACAGGAGAGCUGAGUGCAGGUUGUGAAGUUUGGAUUUUGAUUAAUUUUAUGCUUCUAUGUUCCAGUAAGGAUUUAAUGUGAAACUUUAGUCUUUAACUAUAAGUAUUCUGUUCAGUGUACUGUGGGUGUUAGCUGUGCACAUACACUGUAUGUAGUUGAAGGUCAAACAGGACUGCCUGAAUCUAUCCAGUUUGGUUCAGAUGGAAAACUUUCUUAUUCAGUCCUCUAAAUGAGGUUGAGAAAACAAUUGUGUUAGUGUAACGUACAAACACAAAAAUAAAAGUCAAAGUUAUUUGUUUUGCUAAUGUUUUACAUUGAUUAACUUUGAUUAACAAAUUAAAAGCAAAAUAUUCAGAAAAUAAAUAAAAUGUUAAUUCUAAUUUGGUGUCCAAAGAGGUAGGUCUAAAGGACCUACACUGAAAUACCUGUAGCAUUACAGUUUGAGCAAAAAAAUCUAAACCUAAAUUUCCAAGUCAGGAUCAAUGACACUAAAACAUUUUAAUAUUUCCCCAAUAUUAUGUGAAACAUAUAAAAAAUUGUCUUUCAGUUUACUUAAACAUGUUUUGGACCUCACUAUAAACCACAUACACAACACAAAGGAUUUACUUAAAAAAGUCAAUUUAGUUAAUAGUCCAUAAACCUUAAUGUAAUACAUUGUGCUACUGUCUAAAGUACAGUGAACAAGAAUUGGCCUUGUAAGAGUCACUGCCCAUAUUUAUGGGUUUUAUUCAUAGGUAAUAUAUAUUUAACUGAAACCCAUUUAAAACUGAUUCAACUCUAUACAAGAUUAAUAAACAGAUAAAGAACCUCUAAUAAGGAAGUAAAAGCAUAUCUGCAUAACUGAUACAUAGUAAACACUAACCCAGCUGUGAUCUAGAACUGUAAGGAGGACUGUAAAAGGAACCUGUAGCAGACUUGUUGUGGCAUUACCUGCACUACAUCACACAAUUCAGAUUCACAACAUUCACAACCUAAUUGUGCCUAAUUGAAGGGACACUAAAGCCAGGCUUCUAAAGAUAUUUCUAGAAGGUAGGGGGAACUUCUGAGAAACAGCAUUGGCCUUUUUUGCAAAUCCACAUCCAAAAUUUUGCCAAUGUCCAAAAAAUUCACUACAGAGUAGUUAUUUAUGCUCCUCCCACCCUCAAUGUACAUCAUAAGAAUGCUGUUUCCUUCAUUUCUGGGUGUCUACUGACUCGACUACACUUCUUUUUAGGACAAAUGUCUUGGUUUAUCUCGUUUAUUUUACAAAAUAUCAUUCACACACUUCAACAAGCCUUGUUUUAUCAGUAUGGUGAACUCUAAAAGUGCUUAAAACCUAAAAAAAAAAAAAAUGGAUAGAUAGAUAAAUAGAUAGAUAGAUUAGGAACGUUUGUCUCAUCUCACCAGAUGUCUAAGCAAAGAAAAAUCUCCCUUUGUUGGAAACGAAAGCACUAUGCUGUUGGAUAAAGGAGGAGCCUUCUGACAUUAUAUAUAAAUAAUAUAUGUAUAUAAUUUAAAAAAAGAAAAGAUAAAAAAGGGGUACAAAAGAUCCUUUCUGGGCACUCUACCUUACCAACAAUAAAUUUUGCACUAUGGGAAUGGCAAGAGGAGUCAUGUUAUUGUCUGUAUUUGUAUUAUACCUUUGCGAGCACAAGAGCUUGUACGUGGAUUGUAACGAAUGAGAGAAUGAAAAAAAGGAGAAAAAAUGAGUUGUGAGUUUAUGGAGACGCGUUGUGUGGAUGGACAGCGGCUGUCUGUCACGUUUUUCAUUAGCAUUAAGCUUCUUUCCUGAUGUUUCUUUCUACUGUCUUCUGAAGCGGAGGCCUGUCAGCGUUCCCCGUUCCUCCCAAAACACUCUAAGAACUUUCUUCAGCAGUGGAGAACAGACUUUUGACCGUAUUCAGCCUGGAGAACCUAUCAGAGAACUGUAUUAAUGAGACACAGGACGAUAUAGGAAUCCAAAGGAAAUAUAAAUGCCCUUUUUUUGUCCAGCCAGAAACUGACUGGCUAAAUGACCUUAAAAUGAAAGGUUGGGGCUGUGGUUGAGGCCCUGACCAUUUUUCUGUGGUCACAUGGGAAGGAAAUGCAAUGCAAUGAAUGCUAAUACUGUCACCAAAGUGGGGAAUAUAUGAACACUGUAACAGAGCAGGAAUUGAGGUGUCAAUCUGGUUUGUAGCUCAAACAUUUACAUAACAAAAAAUACUGUAUACUCUGGUCCUGGGUAACACUAUGGCCAUGGAUCAUAUAGGACACUUUGUAUCUCUACAGUUGCAGACUGUAGUCCUGUAUCUGUUUCUCUGCAUACAUUAAUAUCUUCCUUUUACCUUGUUCUUUAAUGGUCAGGACCCCACAGGACCACCAGAGAAAAGCUAUUAUGAUGGGUCACAUUAGAUGAUGGGUCAUUCUCAACACUGCAGAAACACUGGCAUAGUGGUGAUGUGUUAGUGUGCGUUGUGCUGGUUGGUAUGAGUAGAUCAGUUUUCUUUUUUUUCUCUAAUUUCAGGGUUCCUACUGGUCCUUAAAAUGUCUUAAAUUUACUGUAAAUUUGCUGUAAGUAUUACAUUUCAAGAUGGUGCGUUUAAUGCCAGUGGGAAAGCACAUACUAACGUUAGCGACCAGUUACUGGUUAGGAAACUAAGAUUAGCGUAGAGCUAGCUUACAUUAGCCGCAAGCUAGCUAACAUUACUGGGGAGAAAUCUAAGGUUAGCGGAGUUUACAUCAGCGGCAAGCAAGCUAACAUUACUGAGGAGAGAACUAAAGUUAGCGCAGAGCUAGCUAACAUUAGAGGAGAGCUAGCUAACGUUACGGGGGAGAGAACUAAGGUUAGUGUAGAGCUAGCUAACGUUGCAGGAGAGAGAACUAAGGUUAGCAGAGUUAACAUCAGCGGCAAGCUAGAUAACAUUACUGAGGAGAGAACUAAAGUUAGCGCAGAGCUAGCUAACAUUAGAGGAGAGCUAGCUAACGUUGCAGGAGAGAGAACUAAGGUUAGCGGAGUUAACAUCCGCAGCAAGCUAGAUAACAUUACUGAGGAGAGAACUAAAGUUAGCAUAGAGCUAGCUAACAUUAGCGGAGAGCUAGCAACCUCAACAGGGAAAGAACUAUGGUUAGCUGAGUUUACAUUAGCGGUGAGCUAGCUAACAUACUAACAUUAACGGAGAGUUAGCUACGUUACCGGGGAGAAAACUAGGGUUAGCGGAGAGCUAGCUAACAUUUGCGGUGAACUAGCUAACAUUCUAACAUGUUCUUCAUCACAAUGGAACAAAAUUGAAAAAGAAAAUUGAUAAAUUCAAAAUUUUAAUACAAUAGAUUAUUUUCUACUUAAGAAGUAAUAAUAAUAACUAUGUUUUUGGGCCUUAAAUAUAUUUAUUGAGGUCUUAAAAAGGUCUUUAAAAGCAUUAAAUUUAACUUUUAAAAUGAAGCAAGAACCCUGAAUUUUUAUCCCAUUUUUCUCCAGUUCACAAGGCCAAUUCCCCAACCCACUCAUUAGGACUCUCCCUGUCACUAGAGAUGCCACAACAACAGGAGAAUGAAGACAUGUUAAGUCAGACUCCGCCUCUUUUUGAACUGCUACUGAUGCAGCGUAGCCAUUUAGCAUCACAGCGCACUCCAAGGAAAACGCUGCGACUCGGUUCUGAUAAACCAGCUUACAUACGCCUUGUGCUGAUCAACAUCACCCUAGGAGUGAUGAGAUGAAAGAGCGCCAUCUACCCACACAAAGAGAAAAAGGCCAAUUGUGCUUUCUAAGGGCUCUGGCAGCUGAUUGUGAGCUGCAUGAAUGGGAUUCGAACCACUUGAAGCCUCGAGUAGAUUACAGCACAUUCUACACUUCUGAGAAUAUCCCACCAUCUAAAUUAUAGCUACUCUGUGGUGGUCAUGUUCAGUCCUUACAAUGGAUGAACAGGGUGAAAUGAGGAUAAUUCAUGAUGCAGAGAAACAGAUACAAUCCUAAAUGAUUAUUGGAGCUGAAAAUAUGAUAAUAUGUGCAGAAAGAAGUAGGUGGUCAUAUUGUUACACUUGAUCAGUGUAUAACAAAAGUAUAGCACAGCAACGUGAACGAGAAAUCUACCUCUAAACCUCACAGCAACACCUGCUUGGUUUUAACCCUUGAGUGGUCCUUUAUAACUCCCACCAUCUGGCACAACACAGUGUGGGAAUUCUGGGAGACCGAUUGGUCUAUUUUUCCACUGGGUGAACCAAUCAAAUUCAAAUCAACUACUCCAAUGAAGAAUCUUUAGAAUUUAAAAAGACUUUAAAACAAGGGAAAUGCAGUAUGAUAGGUAGCAGCAGGUGGCAGUAUACACACAUUGUUUGUAGCAUGCCAAAAACUAUAUAUAUAAAAAACUAUAUAAAACUACUUGACUUGACUUGACUUGAUAUAUAUAAUAAGAAGUACAACAAUGUAUCAUUUAGUGUUUGUUAAUGGAGACGUCUCACAGAUGGCAAACAGAAGCAAAGUUUUAAGAGAUAAUAGACAUCCCUGUUAGUGGUCGAUCUGUGCAAAAGGUUCAGUUUGGAAAUCUGCUAAGUGAUUCACGGUACAGAAGAUGGGCCUAAGGCUUUUUGCAAUUUAAAACAUUUAAAAUUGUGAGAAAAAUGUAAUUUUUGAAUUGGUUGGGAUUUUUUUUAUUCCUUUGUUGGUUGAAUGCUUCCUCAUCUUCAUGAAAGUGCAUAAAAAAUAUUAAAGUGUCCCAAAGGAAAAACAGACAAGAAGGUACAGAAGGUUCUGAAGCAUAGAUUAUCAUGUUAAAAUAUCUCAUUAAAUGUACAAAUUUGUUUGCAAAAUUGUGUUGAUUGAAUCUGUUCUGAACUGAAGAAUCUACUGCCAUGCUGAGUGGCCCAGUGGAAAUCAGCUGAAUGGGACAUAAAUCUGGACUGGUUCGGCAUCAGAUGUUUCUUGUCCAGCCAGUUGGGAGGUGCUGGUGUACCCAGGACUGAAAAACACACAAAACUGAAAGAAUCGUGGACUGGUGCGUUUUGACAAAUAUUGUCACUCACAGCUCUAUCAGAAGAGAAGAGGGUUUUAUCUCAGUGUAAAUAAACUCAGACUGCGCUGUGUUCUGUGGUCAGGUUCUCCGCUUCCUAAAGAAUUCCCUGCUGUUCUUCCUGCUGUCUCAUUACUCUUUAUGUUGAUGUAGAUGAUCUAUACAUUUGUAGUUUGAAUUUUGUGUAAAUGAAUACUUGCUCAUCGUU